GCUCGGUGCGCUGAGGGGGCCGCAGCCGCCGCCAUUAGCAGCGCCGCAGACUACAGCUCCCAGCAGCCCCCGCGGCCGCCGCUUCCCCCCGCGCUAAGAUGGCGGCCGCCGAGCAGCGUGUGGUCGUGACCGCACCGCCGGGAUACACGGCGCUGGCGGUGAAGUUCGGGGCGCGGCAGCGCUCGCCGCACUGCCUUUUGGUGAAGGAACACCGCGUGCGGGAAGGGCCCAGCGACACGCACCCGCCGCAGCGCACCCUCUUCGUCCUCAACGUCCCCCCGUACUGCAGCGCGGAUGCGCUGUCCCGGCUCUUCUCCCGCUGUGGGGCCGUGCAGUCCGUGGAUCUCCGUGAUAAACCGGGACCGGGAGAGAAGGCAGAAAAACGCACGUCCAAGUUCUUCACCAACAGAACGGCAACGGGAUUUCGAGUUGCGUAUGUGGUGUUCAGGAAACCGUCUGGUGUCCAGGCAGCCAAGGCUCUGUCACAGGAAGGUCCCUUGCUCAUAUCAACAGAGAGUCACCCUGUGAAAACUGGCAUUAGCAAGUGGAUCACCAGAUACGCGGACUCGGUAGUGGAUCGGGAAGAACUGAAGGCUGAGGUGGAUGCCUACAUGCAAGACUAUGACAAAAAGAUAGCAGAGGAAGAAGCCAAAGCGGCCAAGGAGGAGGGUGUACCGGAUGAGGAGGGCUGGGUGAAGGUAACACGGAAGGGCCGCAAGCCUGGCCUGCCCCGGACAGAGGCUGCCAACCUGAGGGUACUGGAAAGGGAGAAGCGGAAAAAGGCCCGCAAAGAGCUGCUCAACUUCUAUGCCUGGCAGCAUCGUGAGACCAAGAGAGAGCAUAUUGCCCAGUUGAGGAAGAAAUUUGAGGAGGACAAGCAGAGAAUCGCACUGAUGAGAGCGCAGCGCAAGUUUAGGCCAUACUGAGCUGUGCUAUUUCUUCCAAUGCUGGAGAGGGCAGGAGAGAUGCUUACAGACUCAUGUGCCACAGGGUGUCAAGGAACUGAGGCAGCUUCAUGUCCCUGCCAUUGGAUCUCAUGUGGGGGCGUUGGCUUCAGUUGUACUGCAUCCUUCUCCUCUGCUGGCCACGCCUGCACUGCACCACACCAUUUCCCAAGGUGCAUGGGCCAAGGAGGCUGAGGCAUGUCUUCUGACAACCUGCAUCUCCCUGCCACCCAGAGGAGUUUGGUAAGAGACAGUGUUGGCCUAACGCAGCCCCUGCAGGGGCAGGGAAUGGCUGAAGAACUGUAAAUAAACUGGUGCUGUUCCUAAAAGACAGGAAUGCCCCUUUCUCCACUGCUCUGCUGUGGGGAACAGUGUCUUCUGUAUUGAACUGUGGUGGUGAUAAAAAGCCAUGGCUUAUG